AUGGCCUUCUUUCUAAGGUUUCAGUUUUCUGCUUUAUGCUGGUUCUUUUUGCUUUCAGCAGACAGUCAGGAGAUAGCCACUCUCACUGUGAAAUACCAAGUUUCAGAAGAAGUACCAUACGGAACGGUGAUAGGAAGAUUGUCUCAAGAACUGGGCCGGGAGGGGAGAAGCAGGCAAGAAGGGGCUUUCCAGAUUUUGCAGCCACCUCAGGUGCUUCCCAUUCAGGUUGGCACUAAAGAUGGUUUGCUCAGCACGGGGAGGAGGCUCGACCGAGAGCAGCUUUGCAAACAGAAAGAUCCUUGUCUGAUAUCCUUUGAUGUGCUGGCUACUGCGGGCUUAGCUUUGAUCCAUGUGGAGAUCCAGGUGCUGGACAUCAACGAUCACCACCCCCGCUUCCCCAAAGCAGAGCAGGAGUUAGAGAUCUCUGAAAGUGCCUCUCUUCGGACCAGGAUUCCCUUGGACCGAGCCUGGGAUCUUGACACUGGCCCUAAUACCUUGUACUCUUAUUCACUUUCUCCUAGUGAGCACUUUGCUCUGGAGGUGAUCCUGGGGCCUGAUGAAAGCAAACAUGCAGAGCUUGUGGUGGUUAAGGAACUGGACCGGGAGCUGCAUGCAUCCUUUGACCUGGUAUUAACAGCCUUUGACAAUGGGGAUCCCCCCAAGUCAGGCACCAGCUUGGUUAAGGUCAGUGUUUUGGAUUCCAAUGACAAUAGCCCUAUGUUUGCAGAGAGCUCCUUGGCUUUAGAAGUUAGGGAAGAUACCAUCCCUGGCACCCUUCUCAUAAACCUCACAGCCACUGACCCUGAUGAAGGACCAAAUGGGGAGGUUGAGUUUUCCCUCAGUAAGCACAUGCCAUCAGAUGUGCAGGACACCUUUAAUAUCGAUGCCAAGACAGGUCAGAUCAUUCUGAGUCAGCCCCUGGACUAUGAAAAAACCCCUGCUUAUGAGAUAGAUGUACAGGCCAGGGAUUUGGGGCCCAACCCUAUUCCAGCUCACUGCAAAGUCCUCAUCAAGAUUCUAGAUGUCAAUGACAACUCCCCAAGCAUACAUAUUACAUGGGCCUCUCAACCAUCUGUGAUAUCCGAAGCUCUUCCCAAGGACAGCUUCAUUGCCCUGGUGAUAGCAAGUGACCUGGAUUCUGGGGACAAUGGCCUGGUUCACUGCUCCCUCAGCCAAGGACAGGGACAUUUUCAACUAAAAAGAACCAAUAGCAACACUUAUAUGCUCCUGACCAAUGCCAUGCUGGAUAGGGAAAGGUGGCCUGAAUAUAACUUGACAUUGUUAGCCCAAGACCAGGGACAGCAGCCGUUAUCAGACAAGAAAGAGAUCACGAUUCAUAUCAGUGACAUCAAUGACAAUGCACCCGUGUUUGAGAUGAGCAAGUACAACAUCUCCAUUGGGGAGAAUAAUCUGCCUUCUUCCUAUCUUAUCACUGUGAAGGCUCACGAUGCUGACUUGGACUUCAAUGGAAAAGUCACUUACCGCAUUCAGGAAUCUCCUUUUUCCCAUCUGGUAACUAUUGACUCUGACACUGGGAGGAUCUCAGUAUCUGCUGUACUGGACUAUGAACAAAUGACAGAUUUUCAGUUUCUGGUAAUAGCAGAAGAUAAGGGUCAGCCUCAGCUUGUGUCAAGUGCCUCUGUAAGGGUCGGCCUCCUUGAUGCCAAUGAUAAUCCUCCCAUAGUGGUGAGGCCUGUCCUUAGUGAUGGGGCAGCCUCUAUUUCUGUGUUUGUGAACUCUUCCACUGGUCACCUUAUAGUCUCUUCUGAGACCCCUGACUCCUUUAGAGCAUCUAGCUCUGACUCAUCUUUGGUGGUCUCUAGGUCACAGCUGUUUCUCUUAAUGACCAUUGUAGCUGUUGAUGCAGAUUCUGGGGACAAUGGAAAUCUUCUCUAUUCUAUUCAGAGAGGAAAUGAUGCUGGCCUCUUCUUCCUUGACCCUCACAAGGGGCAGCUAUACAUCAAUGCCACUAAUGCCAGCAGCCUCAUUGGCAGCGAAUGGGAACUGAUGGUUGUUGUCACCGAUCAAGGAAGUCCCCCCUUGGAGACCAGUGCUUUGCUGAAAGUCACCUUCACCAAUAGCCUUGAUCAACUGAAGAACUUGGCACAGGAAUCUAGCCCCUUGAGCACCUCAGUAGUGACAGUGAUUUGCCUGGCUGUGUUGUUGGCUAUCUUCUUGUUGAUUCUUGUUCUGAUUGUGUCCUUCUGUAGAACUGAUCGUAAAGAGAACAGAGCCUAUAACUGCAGAGAAGCAGAAUCAACCUACCGACACCAACCCAAGAGGCCCCAGAAACAAAUCCAGAAAACUGACAUUCACCUAGUGCCAGUGCUCAGGGGCCAAGCAGAGGAGCUUAAUGAAGUUGGGCUGCCCUAUAAGGAUUCAGGAAAGGAAAAUGUCCCAGAAACAGGUUGGGACUCUCCACUGCAGGCUCCAUACCUAACCCCAACCUUGUACAGGACACUUCGAAACCAAGGGAACCAGGGAACUUCCCCUGAGGAUAGAGAGGUAUUACAAGAUACCUACAAUCUCCUUUUCCACCAUCCCAGGCAGAGAAAUGCCUCUCGAGAAAAUCUGAGCCUUCUAGACCCCCAGCCAACAACAUGCCAACCUCACCCCAAGGCCUCAAAGAAUGUGGGGAGCCCCCAGAUGAAGCCAGCCUUAGAGCAGAGGAAUGAAACGCCAGUGCCAGCCCAUCCAGCCUCCACUACCACUCUUAGGAGGCAGCGAAAUCUGAAUGGCAAAGCUGACCCAGACAAAGAACAUCACCCCCACCAGAUCCUGCGCAGCCUGGUCCGACUGUCUGUGGCUGCCUUCACAGAACGCAACCCCAUGGAAGAGCUCACCAUUGACUCCCCUCCAGUUCAGCAAAUAUCCCAGCUGCUGUCCUUGCUGCACCAGGGCCAAUUUCAGCCCAAACCAAACCACAGAGGAAACAAAUACUCAGCCAAGACCGGUAGUGUCAGAAAUGCAGGAUUGGAGACAGACUGGCAAAGUGCCAGGGAGGGUGACCAUGGAGAACAGGAAGUGGAGGAUGGGAAUUUGGACAACGAGUUGGACCUCUCAGUGAAACAGCUCUUGGAGGAAGAAUUAGAGAGCUUGUUCGAUCCACAAACAGGUCUGGCCCUCGAUCGGCUCAAUGUCCCAGAUCCAGCUUGGAUGGCGAGGUUGUCCCUGCCUCUUAACACCAACUACAGAGACAAUGUCUUCUCCCCAGACUCCCCAGCUUCUAGCCAGGGUCGAGAAGUCGCUGCCAUGGAGGAACCGAGAACCUUCCAGACGUUUGGUAAAUCAGCUGGUUCUGAGAUGAACUCUGUGGGGACCCAGCUGGCCAGCACCUUCCUCUCAGAAAUGAGCUCCCUGUUUGAGAUGCUGCUGACCCAAAACAGCAACGCCCCCGUGGCUGCUUCUGAAGUGCUGCAGCGCCUCUCAGCCUGUGGCAAGACUCUGGGCUUAGACCUUGCUGGAAGUGGGGCCCUGGGCUCUGAAGCCUUGGGUACAAGUGGAAAGAAAGGAAGCAAAAGCAGGACUGACAGCAGCAACAGCAGCAGGGGCCUGUGAGCUUAGACACGGGCUCUCUGCACAAAGGAACUUAAGCCACUCACCCUAGAGUCUGGGGGAGCAUUGGCUUAUUGUGUGUUCAGUCCACACCUUAAAGCUUGUCUGGUUUGGUGCUGGGUGAUGAGUCUGAGUCCUGGGUCCCAUUGGUAGGUCCUGAAAGCUCUAACUUCAUCAUGAAGGACCUUAACCUGAGGUAGACAGAAAACUCCUGACUGAUGCUACAUCCAAAAGCUGCUCCAAAGAAGGCACCUGGUCCAUCUCCAGGAUUGCUAGUGUUAGCAAGCGGACCAAAGCAGACUUCUUUUUUUUGGGGGGGGGGGGCAGGGCAAUGAGGGUUAAGUGACUUGUCCAGGGUCACACAGCCAGUUAAGUGUCAAGUGUCUAAGGCUGGAUUUGAACUCAGGUCCUCCUGAAUCCAAGGCCAGUGCUUUAUCCACUGCACCACCUAGCUGCCCCAAGCAGACUUCUUUAAAGGGCUCAACUCACUGAAGGACUUGGCUGAAGAAUGGGUGCUAGACUGAAACAGAGAUUGAGUAUUUGCUGGUAAAAUACUUACAGAAGCUAAAGGAACAGUCCCUAGAAGUAGAAAUGCUUAAGAAAUAGUACAAACAAGUAUGUGUGAAUAGAUAUUAGAUAUUCUCAUGAAAAGCACUAUGUCCCUCAUCUGAUACAAACUGAGCCACCCUUGUAUAGGGACCUGGAUUCUGGUGGGGUUUCGAUCAGUGUUAAUUGUCCCAUUGAUAAAAUAGCAUAAAUAUUCUGGUUGUCACCUUCCCUCAAACAUAAAAAGUGGGGGAAGAAUAACAGUAUUCCCUUUGUCCAUCCCCUACAAAAUAUCUUUGGCCAGCUAGGUCCAAGUUGGUUUUGGGGAGUGAAAGGGGAGAAUCCCAUGACUUCCCCCAAAGUGGUAUGUACCAUUAUGUACACAGGCUUAUACUGUCUAUACAGUCACCAGAGUCUGACAUUCCAAUCAACUGCCACUAAAGAUCCCUUGUCUAGAGAUGCCUUCUACCUUCAGCCCAUCGGACCUCCUUGAUGUGGCAUUUAAAGGGGCAAUACUGAUGUCUAUAUAUAGCAGGACACCUGAGAUUAAACCCUUUUUACUUCAGGAAAUGAGAAAUAGCCAAUAAUUUGGGCUACUGCCAGCAGUGAACUUGCCUGAGCUUCACUCGGGAGACCUCUUAAAAAUAAAAUACUUCCAAAGCAACUUGGCUUAAUGGAUCUGUGAUCUUAUCAGAAGCUGAGGCUGAGAUUUAACAUGUUGAAGAUGAGCUUAAUUUGGAUUGUUGGAUGUUGGUGGGGGCAGGUCAAGAGGUCCAGGAUUAGGAAAAAGGAUGGGCCUCUGAUAACACUUUAUUUUCAAGGUUCAGAACAUUUGGGUGCAUGGAAAAGUCAUCUUCUCUCAUGUUGGGUUUUAAUAUUU